GUGGAGAGUUGCCUUCCCGUCGUGCGUUUUGUGUGAAAUAUGGCGGGACGUGCACUGAGUUUCUGCGAGGUUCCGCUGAACUUGGGCUCUCAGCAGCGAUGGAAGGAACUCACCGUCAACCUAGGUGGAGUUGGUAGCCAGGAUAUAAAGUUACCGGAGCGAGGCGGCGGGUUCAGCUAUAAGGACGGAGGAAGGGUCGGAGCAGGGCCGGCCUGUAACAGACUCAUCUACUGGAGGAGCUAUGGGGACACCCUUGAGCUGGUUGAGCUGUCGGGUGACGCUAACCUGGAGGGGAACGCGGUGCGGAUCCGGUUCCCGGACUCCGCGGUGGUGCCGUGUGUCGGCAUCCACGAGACCCACGCUCACGUGGUCGUCCUGUUGGCCACGGUCGGCAGCGUGCACAGGAUAGUCCUGCCUCACCCCAGCAGGAUUGCCAGGAUGGAUUAUGGGGGAGACUUUGGAAUCCCCUCUGUGUUUGCUGAUCUCUCAUUGGCCGAGCUGCGCAACGAGAACAACUUCCACCUCCUGAACCAAUCACCAUCCAACUACCCGCACCUGGGCGCCACCUGGCUGACCAAUGAGGGGGAAGCUCUCUUUGCCAUGGCAACCAUUGGGGGAAGCAUCCUAUUGGUCAAACUCCCUCAGUAUGGCAUUCAGGGAAUUGUUACAGAACAUGAGUUGAGACAGGCCUCAAUGAUGCAGCGUCUGUGGACAGGCUGGGUUCCCUCUGUUAUCAGGGGAGGCCAGGAGAGCUCGGACGCGACCCUUGACCUCUGCGUGCACCGGCAGGACUCGCUGGGUCACGACAACUUCGUGUUUGCCGUGUGUCGGGACCACAAACUCAGGAUGUGGUCCGCCAACGACCAGGAGUGUGUAGCAGAAGCUGAUCUCUUGGACUUUGUGGCCGACAAGAUAGACCAGCAGACUGCUCCAGGCCAGAGCCACAUGAUCCAGAAGACAUACGACAGUCAGACCCACAGCCUGUAUCUGGUGGCCUUCCUCUCAUUCGCCGAUAGGUCCAUGUUUGUAGUUGUGCAGCCAGUCCUGGAGGAUGGAAGAUACCACUUCCUACACAUGGCCACCCUGUGUUCACCCCAGGAGAAGUUGAUCAGUCUGCACCUGGACCCCUCCACCCUGUGGACUGUGUGGACCAACAGUUAUGAUGAGACUGUGGCCAGGUACUGCAGUAUUGAAAGUGGCCCUGCAGGUCAGCAGGGUUGGAGCCAGGUCAUCCUGGAGCCAGCGGUCAGUCCUGAGGUCACCGUGCCAAACCACCAGGACCCCAGUGAAGCCUAUCUAGAACACAUUUUCUACCCAGGGAGGUUCUCUUUGCAGACCAUUGCCAAGGCUUUACAUAUCUACCGCCGUGCUGUGGAUGUGAUAGCAGACCUGUCAGCUGCCGUGCUGAAGGAACAGGUGGCGCUGGUGGUGGAGACUGAGAUCCAGAAUGCAGUGACAGAGUACGAGGUACAACAGGAGGAGUACUACCAAAUCCAGCUGCAGUGUUGGAACAAGUUCUACCUGUGCUGCACACAGUACCAUCAGGUGGCAGCCAGACCACUGGGUGUCUAUAGUGAUGAGGACACUGCUAUGGUCUGUCUGGUUAAAAAGGGGGCUGUGUCCUUCCUACGACCUUGUGACGGAGUGGAACACCUGUACCUGUCUCCGCAGGGGGUCUGUCAGCCUCAACACCUGUCUGCUGCUCCACUCAACAUCGCAGAUGAGAAGCUGUGUCGUGACGUGGUCUUGUUGGGUGACUGCCUGCGGCUGAUCCGGGACCAGCUAACCCCGGACGUGGUGUCAGCCGUGGAGCAGGACCUGUAUCACCUGGAGACUCCGCAGAACAUCGUAGAGCCACUCGUCAACAACGUCAUCUCUGAGGCCGGAGAUGUGGACCAGUCCUCUGCUGAGGUUAUCAGCACCUUGGAGUCCAGUCUGCAGACGAUCAUCGACGCCCCCAGGGCCAUCGACAUGGUACUGCAGGCCAUGGAUGUGACAGGGGGAGACCCGGAGAACCUUGCUGUGCCUGAUCUGGCCGGGGAGCCCCUGAGACAGCUGAGUUUGAACCACGUGUUUGGCAGCGCGGCGGGACAUGCAGUACUGGAGACGUCCGCUAGGGGGCUCGCAACCACACGUCUCGCCAUCUGCCGCGACCUGCUGCUGCUGCAAGGCCUCAUGGGAAGGAUGGGGCAAAGGGCCUCUCUGUCCCAGGACAGUCUGAACAAGCUGCAGUCAGAUCUCAUUCCCAGGACAGCCCAGCUGAUGCAGGUGUAUCACGUCAUCACCUGGGUCUCCACAGCUACCUACACACACAUUCCCAGCACCAGCCUAGACAUGAACCUGAGGCAGCUACAGACCAUGGACAUCUCAGAUCUGGGCACAGGCCUCCCCAGAUACUUGAUGACGGAGGGCAGCCUGCUGGCGCUGUUCCUACACGGGGUCGGAGGUCAGCAGCUGGGGAGCCUGUUGGCGGGCAGUGCGGAGCUGGACCAGGACCCGUGUCCUCUCUGGUCCGGGGUGCUACAGACCGCCGUGCUCUACAUACUGCAGCUGCUGUAUCCCAUGAGCCCCAGCAGCCUCUUCCCAGAAUUCCUCAUGACCAAGUGCCAGUAUCUGCAGUUACAGGAGUAUGUGCGCCUGCUGGACAGCUGGUGUGUGUGGAACACCUCCAGUCGCAGGUUCUUCCUGGGAGCAGCCCACCUGAACUGUGGGGAGCCUCACAAAGCCGUGGACUGCUUCUUACAGGGAGUCCAUGGUGUGGGGAACGAAGACUUCCUGUUGAACAAACUCCUACAGCCCACAGACCAGGAACUGGAGCAUCUACCUGUACUCUACCUGGUCAAGGUCCUGAGGUUGCUUGAACAGUUUGAGGUACCAGAACUGGUCAUCUCUCUGGCCAACUCUGCCAUCGGCAUGGCACAGCCGGAUGAUCCCAACAUUCCCAUGCUGUGGUCAAAGGUGUUUAAGUACCACCUGGAACUGGGCCACAACAAUGAGGCUUACGCAGCCAUGACGGCCAACCCUGAUCAUACAAGGAGAAAAGACUGCCUGAGACAGUUCAUCGUGGUCCUUUGUGAGCGGUCUCAGCUACAGACUCUCGUGGAGUUCCCGUAUGUCGGCUUACAUGAUGAAGUUGUAUAUAUCAUUGAGUCCCGUGCACGCUCGGUGGACCUGACAGCUCACAACUACUACGACCUUCUGUACGCGUUUCACAUCUACAGGGGCAGCUACAGGAAAGCUGGCAGUACGAUGUACGAGUAUGGCCUGAGACUAGGAAGAGAGCUCCCAGGUGUGAAAAGUCUACAGAAACAGGCCAAGUGUUAUCUGGCUGCCAUCAACACACUCCGACUGGUGGACCCAAAAUAUGCCUGGAUCGUCAAACCAGUCAGGGUAGUGACUGCUACGGAGGAGGGGCGUGUUUCUCCAAAAAGAGACUACACUGGGGACCGCAGACUGCCUGACAAGAAGAAGCAGGUAGAGAUCCUUGAGUUGUCAGAGCUGGAGAAGGAGUACAUGGUUGUUCUGGCCAGACUACACCUGAUACAGAGGGACCCUGAUCCUGCGCACGCUACAGGUAUGUACAUGGUGGUUCUGGCCAGACUGCACCUGAUACAGAGGGACCCUGAUCCUGCGCACGCUACAGGUAUGUACAUGGUGGUUCUGGCCAGACUACACCUGAUACAGAGGGACCCUGAUCCUGCGCACGCUACAGGUCCUCCCCUGUCUGCUGAGGAGACAGUAGCCCUGCUGGUGCAGGCAGGACUGUUUGACAACGCCGUGUCUCUGUCACAGGCCUUCAGACUCACACUCGUGCCUGUGUUUGAAGGGCUGGCCUCCAAAUGUGUUCGACUGACACUGAGUGGUCCAGACAUCCCCAAAGUUGGUGGAAAGAAGGAAGGCUUUGAUUGGCUGGGAGCCAACGACAUCCCCUUCACACACACCUCUAAGCCAAUCACUGCCGCUGACCAGGCCUGGCAGCUACUGCAGGCUUAUCUGGAGAGGUUUGACAUCACAGGGGUCAAAGGUUACCACAAGAGUGUGGCCAACAAACUGCUGUCCCUGGGCGCCCCCCUCCCCACCUGGCUGGUCAGGGCGUACAAGGAAAAGAAUGCCUCUGAGCUGCUGAGACUGUACUUGAACUUUGACCUGCUGGAGGAGGCGUGUCACCUUGUGGGGGAGUACAUCGAUGCCGUGCUGGGGAAGGGCACCGAGUACUUCGGGUUAAAGAGUGCCCUUCAUGCGACGUCGCCCAGUGUGUGGUUACCGUACACAGCCAUCGACCACCUUCUGUACACACUCAGGACAGCAGAGGGGAACCACAGCUAUGCCAAGUUACACCUGGAUCUGUCCGAGAAGUUGUCCGUGUACCAUCGGAACGUGGAGAGGGUGUCACGAGACAUGGUCCAGUCGGCACUACAGAAGGCAGCCCGGCAUACCAGACAGGACACCUCAUUCAACAUGUCAUCAUAUGGGAGAACGUAACACUAACACAGAA